GUUGGAACGUAACAAUACCCGUGAAAAUGGUUAAAAGAAUGUUCGUUUAAAACUCUCGUUUAUUUAACGAAGACACGCGUCUUGCAACUAAGAUGGAAAAUGAAGUCUGAGUUCUGUGCAUGAUGGAAGAUGAGAGGAGGUUGAUGAAAAAGGAUCCAAAAAGAGUAUAUAAAGUGAAAUUGAAAAGAUCAAAAGCAAAUGCUAGAGAAAGAAAUAGGAUGCAUGGUUUAAAUGCUGCGUUGGAUAGGCUGAGAAGUUGUAUGCCUAUCCAGCAAAUUCACACAGACGCAAACUCGACUCCUCAAAAAUUGUCCAAAAUCGAAACGCUCCGUCUUGCUAGAAACUACAUCGCAGCAAUGACCCAAACUCUUCAAGAAGGCAGACCCAUGGAAAUGGGUCGGUACGUGAAAAUAUUGAGCAAUGAGUUGAGUCAGACCACUGCGAAUCUUUUGCAAGGAGCUUUGUUGAGUAGGAACGAGGGCCACGAGUAUCUGGAGAGAUACGUGAAUAAUUGUGAGAAUUAUUAUCAUUCCAAGUCGCAUGGUCAACAAUCGUAUUUUUGCAAUUACCCAGGUACGUACGGAGAAGAAAAUUAUGGUCGUUUAUGGGAUACAUACAAAGACAACUGGCCAGGAAUACAGAACUGUAUUUACUUCAAUCACAAUGGCAAUUUUUUUAAUGAAAACGUUUACCCUCAUGACAUUAUCUAGUCAUCUUGUUUGGAGUCGAAACAUACGUUGAUUCCGCAUCAAUUUUUGCUUAAUUCGUCACGCUAGAUGUAGCCCAAAAGAAUGGAAAAUGUAUCUUGGUGUUACCUUUUUCACAUUCUGGAUUAAAAAAGAAUUGAAUGAAACAUGUGCCCAUACCAGAUAGCACAGAACGUCUUCAAAACGUCCAUUUUAUGCUUUAAUGAUGUCUGAACGCCUGAGACGUUGAAAAGACGUCUUUAAGAUGUCCUUAAUGCGACACGACGUUUCAUGACACGAUAUAAAACAAACAUUUUUAAGACGUUUUCUUAUGUCUUUUAGAAGGCGUGGUUAAAAUUUAUAGUAUUCGGC